AAGCAAAAGUGAUAAAGUGUGCAGUAUAUCGGGCAGGUUUGGUAGUGGCUGCGCGACGCGUCUGGCAGCGGGGCGGCGCAGUGCCCAGCCCGCCCAGCCCCAAUCAGCCGCGGGCAACCUGUGCUCCCAUCUCUCAACAUCCUUCACUACCACUAACUCUCACACACCUGGCGUGUGGGCAUCUCAUCUCGCCCUCAAAACCCCCAUAAGGCGGCGAUACUUGUUUGUGCGUGGGUGUGAGGCGUCGCUACGCUGAGAUAGUAAAGUGGAGGUAUAGGCUGGCGUGUGGAAAAGUGAAUUUUGAGGUGGGCACUGUCCCGAAGGCUGUGAGGAUUAGUGUCAAUUUGGCAUCUUGAGUGUGUAGUGGAUGUUGAGCCUCAGUCAAGUGUUGGUCACUCCAGUGGGCAGAGCAGUGGGCACGUCAGGCGUGUGGGUGAUGCGGCCACACUAACCAAACACAACACAGUGCUCUAGGGACGCUGCAGACCGAGGAUGUGAUAGAUCAGUGUUGCGAACCACCACCGACGCCAGCCACCGUGAUCAGUAGUGCCGGGCGCGAAGGAGCGAGGCCAGGCGGGACGGGGAAAGCUCCUACACCAAUCUUUGAGAGGCAGCGAAGAGAGCAAGCCAAACCCCAGGUACGUGUGACGGAUGGCGAGAGGGUGAUGGGCAGUGACGACUUGACUCUUAAAAUUUGGGAGACGUGGAACUAAGCUUGAGAAAACAGAGAAAGAGUAACAGCCAGGAUGGUGUUGAUAGUGGGCGAGCACCUGGUGAAGGAAGUGCCGUCCUCCACCUCGGGCAUCUACACCUCAUGGCCGCGGCUGAAGGAGACCGCCCACGCCCUCACCUCCAUGCUGACGGAGGAGGUGGGGCCCCAUGGGUUGCUGUACCUUCGCCAGCGGGAGUACGCGGUCACUGUGCCAAGGGAUGAGAACCUGGCUAUCCUUGGCACCGACGACGCCACCACCUCCGUCAUGGCGGUCCUCAGGCACACGGGUUCCGGCGCCGUGGGACUCGCGCAUUUCGACAAGUGCAGCCACGAUGAAUGUCUGAGCGGCCUGCACAUCUGCUCCCACGACGACGGGGUGAUGCAUCUCCUCACUAGGAUCAACGAGCUGUCCAUGGGCUUCACCGAGGGCCGCCUGGAGCUGUGUGUCGUCGGGGGAUUCCAGGACGUGCGCGGGAUUUGCGAGAAGGUUACGCUGUCACUGCUGAACGCCUUCCACAAGAGCCCGCCACACAUCCACCUGCUGCUGCUGUGCACGGGCGAGGCAAACACCACGCUGCGGGGCAACAUCUCCUGGCCCAUGAUCAAGGGCAUUGGGGUCAGCACACAGAAUGGCAAGAUAUUCCCCGCCACCUUCACAGACAAGGGACCUUACCUGGUGCUUCGUUCUACCAGGAUUUUCACAGGUGCUCAGCAGAUGGUGGACGUGUAUGACUGUUCCCUGGGCCUGUUGCGCAUCGGGCCAUUCAACUACGAGCCACAUGCUGGGGUGGAGCUGCUGCUGCAACAGACAGAUGAUGUGAUCCUGCAGUGCCUCUCCACCACGCCAGAGGUGGAGGGCCCCAGCUGGGUCAAGAUGGUGCGUGAGGUCCUGAAGCACAUCAAGGAGCACCCCUUCCCGGCUGUCACCAUCUUCCCAGACAACCGCCCUCACUACUUCCGCCGGGACAACCUGGGCACGUGGUCCCCUGCUGAGUUGCCCAACAACAACGACUCCACGCCUGAUGCCAACGUGCAGGCUGCUGUGCAGGCCGUGGCUGCCACCGGGGCCUGGACGCAGGCCGGUGGGGUCACCACCACCUCGGCGCCCCCCACCCCAGCAGCUCUCUCCCCUGCACCAUGGGGUGCCUCAGUGCCUUCCAGGUAUGGUUCCCUGCACCUGGAUUGCCGCCUCAAGACCCACCUGGCUGUGCCUCCGGUGGUCAACCCAGGCCAGCACUACGACGAUCCACUCCUCAACCCUGUUAAGGACCGUUUCAUGCCUGCUUGGCAAGCCUCGCAGUUGUGACCAUCCUCCUCCCCCUUCCACGACCCCUUUCCUCCGCCAGAAGGCAUGGGGGCAGGCUGAAUACCUGGCUGGGCGACGUGGCUCAGCGGCGGAGCACAGUCGCCAUCCUGCACCGGCCGCCAGAAUUCAUCGUGCCAAAUUGCAGAUCGCCACCCACUGCCUGCCGCCACACGCCGCUGCCACGCGCACCCUCUCUCCCACCACUGCGCUGCCCUUGUGGCGCUGCACGGCGCUGGUUUUUGUCCUCCUUCAUUCCAUUCCGUAUUGUAUUUUGCUUAGACUUAGGUUAGGGAAAAUUCUGUAAAUUAUUGAAGUAACACGAUUUCUUCAACUGACAAAUGUGAAUUGUACAUAUUACUUACAUGUUUGUCGUAGUAUUUGAUUAGACUAAUUGUUGUACUUUUAGGGUUACUGGACGCAUCGGAAAUGUGGUUAGCGUAGGCAUGGAGGUGGCGUGGGCGGGCGUGGGCGGGCAUGGGCGGGCGUGGAGGCAGCAGGUGGGGUCUGGAUGCACCAAUCACCUGGGCUUGUCACCGACCAUCCCUUCUGUUUGUCUCUCUCUCUCUCCCUUCCUUCCCCAAUGUCCCUGUCUCUGUUUCCUUGUCUCUCUAUCUGUAUAACUGUCCCUGUUUUUUUUUUUUUUUCUGUGUGUAUAUGUUUCUCUCUCUCUCUCUCUCUCUCUCUCUCUCUCUCUCUCUCUCUCUCUCUCUCUCUCUCUCUCUCUCUCUCUCUCUCUCUCUCUCUCUCUCUCUCUCUCUCUCUCUCUCUCUCUCUCUCUCUCUCUCUCUCUCUCUCUCUCUCUCGUCCAAGGUGCAAUAUACACCCCAGGCUGGGGUCAUUAUCAAUAUAUCCAUAAUAGUUUUGUUGCAUUUUUCGUCUUAAGAUUCUUGAGUAACCAGAGUGAAGAGGAGACUGUUUUGCUUUUUUGUAUAUAGUGAUGCAUAUUGUAAAAAGAAGUGCAUUGGCCACAAGUACAGUCACAUUGAAAAGUCCUUCACCCUCCUCAUUAUCUGUCAUUAAGGUGACGUGUUGGGUAUGCACUUCAGGAAAGAAACAUGUUUGUAAUUCCCUCCCUUCCCCCAUCAGGGGGAGAAAUUGUUCUGAAGGUGGGUUAGAUACUUAGCCAUGAGAGGCCUUAGCUGAGGAUCAAAUCUGUGACAGAUCAAAUUCUGCGAACAGAAGGAGAGUGCUUUAGAUUAUUGGGACCAUGAUGAGUGUCAGGUUCUAAGAUAAAGUUGGGUCUUUGUUCUCCAAGUCACUGCAUGGUAAGGUCAAGCUAUGAGGGAUAUAUAGCAGUGACUAAAUCACACCCACAUUUAUAGGUUACAUUUAAACAUUACUGCUGCAGCUUAUCUCCCUCAAUCAGCACACCAUCAGAGGCCUUCACUCAUUACCAAGGGAAUGAAUCUUGUGUAGGUUUAACAAGCUUGAUGUAGUAAGACAUGAACUGAUGGAUGGUUCAUCCCCACAAAGUAAGUUUUAACUCCACAUCAGAUGUUGCAUACUCCCAUGACCGUUUCACAGCUUUACAUAGCAUCCCAUAAUCCACCCUUAGUAUAUCAUGACAUCAAGUAAUCUUCCAUAAACCAUCUUAUAAUCCAUCACAAGCUUACUAUACCAUGUGUUAACCUCAGAAUCUUCCAUAAAUACUCACAUAACAUACCAUAAUCUUUCACAACUCCCAUAAAAUCCCCUAUAAUACUGAAAACUACUGAAAAAUCUACAUAAAAAACCCUGGCAAAAGUCAGGACUGGACAGACAUGAAGGUGGUUGCAUGACACUUCAAUGUGACUCUACUGAGCUGCACCGUACCAUGCAGAGGGCCACGCACUGGUCACUGUGGCAGCAUGUGAGGAGUCCUACCAUAGCUAUGUCCUGGAAACGAAAGGGAGCAUCAUCACACUGCUGCAGUAAAAUAAGGGAAGGACUUCAAGGAGAGGAGUGAGGGAAGUGCUGGUUGUGGAUUCUGACAAGAGGAGGUGUGCAAGUGAAAGCUGGACGAUGAUUCUUAUUGCUGUGUGUACGUGGAAGAGUUCUUGUGUUUUGUUACUGGAAAUGCAUCAACCAGCACUUGUUUGUGGAUGUGUGGGUCAGACCUUCACCUUACUUUACACAGCAGAUGAAAGUCCCUGAACAUACUGACUAGAACUGAUGAUACUGUUCAAUAAUUGUAAUUCCUUAUGCAUAUUAUGAAUUCAUCAUUGUAAUAUAUUAUGCGUGCUUUUAUUAUUUCUCUCUCUCUCUCUCUCUCUCUCUCUCUCUCUCUCUCUCUCUCUCUCUCUCUCUCUCUCUCUCUCUCUCUCUCUCUCUCUCUCUCUCUCUCUCUCUCUCUCUCUCUCUCUCUCUCUCUCUCUCUCUCUCUCUCUCUCUCUCUCUCUCUCUCUCUCUCUCUCUCUCUCUCUCUCUCUCUCUCUCUCUCUGCAUCUCUAAGUGUCUUUUUAGAAAACAUGUAGUGCUGUUUUCAUGAUAGUUUAAACAUGGCAGGUAUGCCGCAUGUAUUUGUGUAUUUGUUGGUUAUAUGAACUCCUACUCUCUUCUUUAGUGGAAUGAAUCUCUUGGUGAUCUGAUCCUGACUGUGUAGUGAAAAGUAAAGUAAUAAAAAAGUGCAAGGAUUCCAUGGUGUGGUGUGAAGUAUCUGUAAAGCAAGGACAGCUUACAGAAAAGGAAGGAAAGUAUUGAGGCAAGGAAAGGUGUAGACAGUUUAAGUUGACACUGACAUACUCUUAUGAUGCAUACUGCUUAUACUGUUUGAGGUGCAUAAUACUGUCAUUUAGUCUCUGUUUUCAUCAAGAAUCACAUCAAAAGAGCUGCAUAAUUACAUACUUUAUAUCAUCUUAAUAUAAAUUAAAUGCUGCGUUUUUUUAUCUGACUGUCAGAUAUUUAUAAUUGUUUUUUUCAGUUCUCAAGUCAGUGUGAAUUCUUAUGAUUAUUAUUAUUAUCUUUUUUUUUAGUUCAGUGUGGUCUGUUUUUUUUUAUUCUUUAUUUUUUCUCUUGGAUCAUGUGGAUUUGCAGUGCAGUCAUGUGGGUAUGGCUUGUCUCAACUUGUGCACUGGCAUGAGGGUGUCCAUAAAAGACGAGGCUUUGAGACUGUGUGGUGUCCCCUGAGAGGUCGUGUUCCUGAACAAAUGUGUUGGUUGUAGAAGCUACCUACUGAAAACCUUGACUGAUUGUUAUGGCUCCUAUAUUAUAACUUCCUGCAUAGAUAUAAACAUUAGGCCUUCAUUAUGUUAGUUUGUUUCUUAAUCAUGUUAUUUCAGCCGAUGUGUGUGUGUGUGUGUUUGUGUGUGUGUGUGUGUGUGUGUGUGUGUGUGUGUGUGUGUGUGUGUGUGUGUGUGUGUGUGUGUGUGUGUGUGUGUGUGUGUGUAUCUAAUUUCUCAUGUGUCUUAAUUGUAUCAAAGUUAGAUUGGCAGGUUCACUUUCUUUCUCAGUCCUGCUAGUUGAGGCUCAUGGUGUGGGGUGGACAUGGCAUGAACCCCCAUUCAUGUUUUUAUUCACUGAUCAUUUAUAAGACAGUUCCCUGCAACCUCCAUGCAAAAUUCAUGUUUCUUGAAAUACUCUGUGGAGUUUCUUCAUGAUUUCAUUCACAUUAUAGAUAUGUUUACAAAUACUGGAUGGAAGAUUUUGUUAUAUACUACUGCAUGAUGCUUUCUUGAUUUCCUUCACUGGGAAAACUGCAACAAUUGUAAUGCCCCUCAUAGGGCACACCAGAGAAACACUGAAAAAUUUAUCUGAAAGUGGAUGAAUUUGCCAAGAGAUACUUACCAGGGACCAAAUCCCUGACUGAGAGAGCAAAAUGCAGCUCCUCAGAUGUCCGGACUAUAAUAACUGUCAGGUCCCAAGAUCAUUUUGGGGAUCUCUGUGUUUCAGAUUACCACAAAAUCUACUUCAUUCUUUUACUUUUCACAUUCUUGAAACUUGAAUUACUUUUAUGACAGGAGUAUCAGAAUACCUCUGGAAUUAAAUUUUUAUUGAGAGACCUGAAACUUGUUACUUAUUAAAACAACAUUUUGCCAUAACACCCUCAUGAGCCUCAGCUGAUAAGGUAACCAUACUUCAUGAAAAUUAAAGUGGAGCAUCUUAUGAAAGAAAAUUUACUUAAGUUACUUAUGACUUGAAUAGAAAUCUUUGAGUUUUGUUGUGUAAUUAUUGUCUUGACUUUUUGUGAGUGUUCUGAAAAAAGUAAAGGUAUAGUGUACUGUAUAAAUAUAAAAAUAACUACAUUCCUCCACUUAGAACAGAGAAAAAUGGUCAUCUUAGCAGGACACAACACAUACACCAGCUAAACACAAAACUUCUACAUUACACAUUCAUUAUUUCUUACAUAUUGCAUUGGGCCCGAUAGACUCUUGAUAUUACUUUAGUGGAUGUCUCCAUCAGUUGGCGGUGCAUCCACCACAAAUGUACUUACUAGUGUAUGAGCUCUCUUGUAGUACUGUACCUGCCGAGUGGAAGAGGGAAGUGUAAUGCCAGGCUGGAAUAGUUACUGUCCCCACCAAUUUGUCUUCACAAUGGUUACUGUCCUCACUGUGAACUGACAGAGAUUCUUACGGUUAGGCAUGGCUUAGACGUAAGUGUGUGUCCCUGCGGAGGAUGAUUAGAAAGUAACAAGAAGAGCAGGAGCAGGAACUAAAGGCAACAUCCAUCAUACAUGUAACAUCUCAAUCUUCACUAUUUUGUAUUUUAUAGCAAACAUUGUCAUACUUGCCUUUUGUCAUUGUUAUUGUUUUUUUUAACACUGUUGUUAUGUAAAGGCCACUGAAGCUACUUGUAUGAAUCAUUUCUAUUAUAACCCAAAGCAAUCCCAGAGGUGUUUCCAGGAUAGGUUAGAAACAAGAGAGGUUUCCAGUAUUCUUAUGGACUAGAGACACAUCCAGAAUACAUAGAUACUGGAGUCAUAUCCAGGAUUCUUAGAGGCCAAAAGUACUUCUAGAAUUCAUAGGGACUUUAUUGUAUGAAGGUAUAAAGGUUUUAGUUGAGUUUUAGAGGAACAUAAAGUGUAUGACUUAUAUAAGAGUACCUGUAGAAAUGUGUCAGCGGUACAAUUUAAAUAUCAGAGCAUUGUAAAGUGACUAGUAGAGAAGGAUACUUGAGGAAUCAUAAGAAUAUAAGGAAAUAAAGGAAGCUCCAAGAAGCCAUCAGGCCUACAUGUGGCAGUCCGUUGAUAAAAAAAAAAAAAAUGUAGCAAUGACAUGAAUUUUGUACUAAGAUCCUCAUAAUUCCUUCCAGGAGGCACUUCUCGGAAACUCAUGUGGCUCACAUGUGGCCCUCAAGUAACCAGGUAAACCUUUGACAAGAAAUGCUAGUUAGGGAAAAGAAAAUUAAGAAAAUGUCAAUUAUUAAGAUGAACAUUUAUUGCUAUUGUUAUUAUUAUCAUUAUUAUUAUUAUCUGUCAUUUUGAAGGUAUAUACUUUCUGAUCAUCUUUUGUGGCUCAGUGUGUUAUAUAAUGAUUGUAACGAAAUAUUUUGUUGCAUCAGCAUUUCCUUCAUUUUCAUAUAUUUUAUGUAGCAUUUAUUAUUAUUAUUAUUAUUAUUAUUAUUAUUAUUAUUAUUAUUAUUAUUAUUAUUAUCAUCAAAUUUUUGUACGUUUUCCCCACUCAAAUGUUUUCUGUAUUAGUGGCUAUUUCAUUUCCUAGUAGGAUGAGAAAAAAAUAUGAUGGGUAUGGAUAAUGCUUUUUUUUUUUCCAAUGUAUAUAAUUAGGUAGUGAAUUAUAUAAAAAGAACAAGAACUGUACCAAAACAUUAGUGAUUAUUUAGCGACUGGUCGGCUCUGAUGACGGAGAUCGAGUCGAGAGCAUCAAGCUAUCAGGGGAGUAAUGGACGGUUGGGAAAAGUAGAACACAAAUAAACAUCUUCAAUAAAAAUGUACCUGCA